AACCACGACGUUGACCGUUGUUCAUUUCUUCCAAGAGACUUUGACAGUCUACACAUACUAUCAUUCCACAUUGCCUAUCUCCAAUGCCUUCCUCCGUUGACUCCCUGGAUCUUGUUGGUCGCUUUCUAGAUGAUGGUCGUCUGCAACUGUUGGAUUGCAUCGGCACCGGAACGCAUGGGGUUAUCUAUCGUGCACUUGCUAUGCCAUUCGGAGACCAAGCAUCUGAAUAUCGUGCCAUCAAGUGUAUUCGCAGACCCACGAACGGCGAGACGCAAUUAAGCGAGUUUGCAAAUCACGUCAGGGUCUCCAAUCACGACAACAUUACUACCUUACACCAUAUCUUCCACGAUGAAACCUUUGUAUAUGCGGAACUCGACUUUUGUCCUGAUGGAACUCUACUUGAUGCGAUAAAUGGACGACAAAUAUUUCACAAGCAACCCGAACUUGUGCGCGCAGCUGUUCUUCAACUAGUCGAUGCCGUUCACUACUGUCACGAACAAGGCGUCUUCCAUCGCGAUCUGAAACCAGAGAAUAUCAUGUGCUCUUUGGAUGGUUCAUAUCUACGAGUAGUCGACUUUGGCAUGUCUAUAGAUACUUGUGUGUCUGAAGAUUUCGGGCGAGGCAGUGUUUGGUACAUGAGCCCAGAAUGCCUAGCAGAAGAGUUCAAGCUCCCCGACUACUCCGUCCGGCACAGUGAUAUAUGGUCCGUCGGGAUUCUUAUGAUCAACAUCCUCUGUGCCCGGUCGCCUUGGGAAAGGGCAACAUCCUCACACAAACACUUCAACAAUUUUCUACAAGACCCGAACUAUCUGCGGACUGUCUUGCCUAUCUCUUACGAAGUUCAGAGCGUACUCAAGUCCGUCCUCACUAUUAACCCCAUGUCACGUAUCUCUCUCCCAGAACUUCGAGGACGCGUUGGCGCCAUAGAUACUUGGUACAUGUCUGACGAAGACCUUGCCCGUGCUUCCCCUUCUGUUCAAUGGGCCGCCAAAUACUAUGCCUCUGAGAUUCCCUCGUCCAGCUCUAUACCUAGCAUCAGUGUAACGUCGUCCAGAAGCAGCACAGCUAGCCAUAGCAGCUCGAACUCCGAAAGCUCUGGGGAAGAAGGUUUUCUGUAUCCAAGCCCUGCCCUAGGUCUAGAGCCCUUGGGAAUGCAUGAACCACAGCCCAUUCUCGCGCGCAUUGCACGAUCCUUGAGCAGUGAUUCUUCAAGCAGUUCAGAUGAUGAGAGUGAAGGCCCUGAUACGCCGUAUUCGAUACCUGUGGAUCCGGACGUGGAGGUACCAGAGCUGGGCGAAGAGGAGGGUAUUGGUGCAAGCCUGCGGGUUCCCUUGUUCAGUCCUACAAAGGGUAUGAAUAGAGCGCGCAGUUUUCGUUCGGCGUCAUGGACGUCUCGUGAUGGAAGCAAAAUGCUUGGCGUUGAGCGUGUACGGCCAAGGGCGAUAUCAGGGUCAAUUGCAAGGAUGGACAGGGAAUAGUAGGAGGUUUUUU